AUGUUUGGUCUGAGGAAAUCUCCAGCAAAGCUUCCCAAGCACAACUCUGCUGAUCCAGGCUUUCACCAUACUUCCAAGCCUAAUCCUUUCGAUUCAGAUGAUGAAUUGGAUAACAAACACACACUAAACCCUUCCAAGAGGACUUCCUCCGAACCUUCUUUAGCUGAAAUAGCCAACCCUUUUGACGGUGAGGAUGUUCAGAAAGGGUUUGCUUCAUCCAAGCAGGGGCCAUUGACUUCUAACUCAAGAUACCAAUACAAGAACAACUUCCGCGACUCCGGUGGUGUCGAAAGCCAGUCUGUUCAGGAGCUUGAAGGUUACGCUGUGUACAAGGCUGAAGAGACUACUAAAUCUGUACAGAGUUGUCUUAAGGUAGCUGAAGAUAUUAGGUCUGAUGCGACCAGAACUUUGGUUAUGUUGCAUGAGCAGGGUGAGCAGAUUACGAGGACGCAUCAUAAAGCUGUUGAGAUUGAUCAUGAUCUCAGUAGAGGUGAGAAGCUUCUUGGAAGCCUUGGAGGUAUGUUUUCAAAGACUUGGAAGCCGAAGAAGACUCGCCCUAUAAGUGGUCCAGUCAUUACUAGAGAUCACUCGCCAACCAGAAGAAUUAACCACUUGGAGAAAAGGGAGAAACUGGGACUAAACCCAGCACCAAAAGCACAAUCAAGAACCAGAGAACCGCUCCCUGAAUCAGCUGAUGCAUAUCAGAGAGUUGAGAUGGAAAAGGCUAAGCAAGACGAUGGGCUUUCAGAUUUGAGUGAUCUACUGGGAGAGCUAAAGAACAUGGCGGUUGAUAUGGGAAGUGAAAUCGAGAAGCAGAAUAAAGGACUUGAUCACCUUCAAGAUGAUGUUGACGAACUCAACUUCAGAGUGCAACAAUCAAACCAACGCGGCCGCCGUUUACUCGGAAAGUAA